AUGGCAGCCGAGGGAGGGACAGCCGGCGGUGGAUCAUCGUGGAGCGGCGGUAGCGGCCGCACAGUCGGUGAUGGUCCCCAUCGUCCGGCAGGUGCUGAAACAGAAGCGAAGGCUGUUCGUGCCCACCGCUCCGACCAUGGCGCCAUCCGUCGCCGCCUCGAGCGCCCUCCUCGUGCUCCUCCUCUCCCCCGCCGCCGCGGCGUCCACGGCGCCGCAGAGCAGGCACCGCCUCGGCGCGUUCUUGAGGUCGCCUCCCUCAACGCGUCGGAGCCGCCGACCACCUUCUUCCAGGUGGACCGCCCGAUCCACCCCGCCGCACGGCAGCGCGGGGCCCUGCUCCACGCUGCUCCUCUCGGCCACCUUCGGCGCCACCUACGGCCGCCCCCCGUCACCGUCGCCUACGCGCUGCCGACUUGCCUCGGCGCCGGCGCCGGCGCCCUCGCGCUCACCGUGCUUGAGUGGGCCGCCGACUGCCGCGGCCGCCAGAUCGACCGCAUCUUCGGCGUCUGGCUCUCCGGCGCCGAGCUCCUCAGCAUCUGCACCGCGAUGUCACCAGGUAUGGCGCCAUGGUCGGAGCGGCGCGUCGAGGUGAGAGGUGAGAGGCCGGGAGGUGACGAGCUCGCUCGCCACGCGCUCCGUCUCGCUCCACCGGGCCAGGCCGUGAAAAAACAACCCCCCUUCGUUUCCUGGGAGCCAGGCGCUGGUGUGCUUUGA